GGGGUGUGAAGUUUACCAAUGUAAACUUUCUCGGUUAGAGCACGCGCGGAGGGAGCGAGCCUUCUGCCUUGAAGCCCGGGAACUGAACGGUGUGUUUGAAGCGCUGCCGGUUGUUGCUGAGCACGAAUUCGACCGAAUAAACUUAAUCCACAGAGAGCAGCUCAUGCCGAGAGUUUAACCGCAGUGUGAUGGGCCUUCGGUUAGCGGGCUUAACGGGCUUUACAGGCGGAAUAUGGCGAGCAGCGGUCAAACCGCGGACGCCUCCUCUCACAGCGGCUCUGCCCCGGCGGUGAGAGGGAAGCCGGGCUCAGGCAUUAACGGGCCUGUGCGCGAGGGGAAGAGAGCGAACGGCGCGCUCGAGCGGCAGGUCAGAGAGUCCCGCGUGGCGCCGGUGAGCUGCGGCGCGUGGCCCUGCGCCAACAUCCAGCUGCCCGGUGUGAUGGACUGUGAAGGGAGAGUGGACGAGUCUAGACUGAGGAUGUACAUCUUUAAGCACGGUGGUGUUUCACCAGCAGAACGGGGGCCCGUGUGGCGCUUCUUGUUUGGGAUGUACCCCUGCAGUUCCACAGCUCUGGAGCGCCCCCUGUUGCUGGAGCAAAUGACUGUCCGAUAUCAGGUCAUGAAGAGGAAGUGGCAGCAGCUGCUUCCUGGAGCCAUUCGUCUACGUCUCAACGGCACUGAUGCUGAGCUGGUAGCAGCAGUGCAGUAUUUUGAGCAGAGGCAGCAGCGAGAGCAAGAGCAGCAGCAGUACCAGUCAGAAGAGGUCAGAGAAAGGAUGUCCUUUCUGGAGCUUCAGGCUCAGGUCCUGUUUGAACGGGAAACUUUUGACCUGGAAGAGCUUCAAGAAGCCAUACGCAUCAUUGACAAAGAUGUCCCUAGAACUGACAGAGACCUGGCCUACUACAUGAAUGAAGGCCUGGGUAACCUGCUGGUGCUCAGAGACAUUCUCAUCACCUAUGCUGCUUUCCACCCAGAGGUUAGUUAUGCACAGGGUAUGAAUGAUCUGUGCAGUCGGUUCCUGGAGGUUCUGGACUCAGAAGUGGACACAUACUGGAGCUUUUCCUGUUAUAUGGAGAAGUUCUCUAAAGACUUUCGUGCUGAUGGCCUGCACCGCAAGAUUGAAUUAGAGGCAGCUCUGCUGAAAGAGUUGGACCCCCAGCUUCAUGCUCAUCUAGUAACAGACAACAUGGACAGACUGACAUUCUGUCACAGGUGGCUGCUGCUGGGUUUCCAGCGUGAGUUUGAGCACAGUGAUGCACUCCGGCUGUUUGAAAUUCUCAGCUGCGAUCAUUUGGAGCUCAUCUCUCAGCAGGUGGACCGGGCACGCUACCAAGAGAGACUGGCCUGCAAGCAUAGCCUUGAGGAUGAGCCAGUGACAGAACCUCAGGCCAUUAACACAGAGUUCACAUUUGAACUCUUCAUCUGUGCUACCAUUUUGCUGGAAAACAGAGAUGCUCUGCUCAGCUGCAGAAAUGAGGUCCAGCUCAUCCAGUUCACAAAUAGUUUACAGGGUACGCUGGAUUUGAACAGCAGCCUGGAGAAAGCCGAGGAGCAUUUCUACAACUACUGCAAACGCACGGCAUGGGACUGUCGAAAGCGCAAGAGAAAAGAGGAGCACUUUCUUUAUCAGCUCCGCAACCUCUUCUCCUGAGCUGAAACAUUUCAUCUCCUACUCUAGGUUUCUGUAAUAACAGAAGACAGAAAGGCUGCGCUGUCUCCCAUAUUUGGAUUUCUGGACCUUACUAAAGACAGAAGGAAUGUUAAAAGGGCUUUAAACUGAAUGAUGCUGCUUAACCACUCGAUUGGUUCAAGAGGACGUGGUCAGCUCUAAAUCUCCUUUAACAAAAGGGAGAUUCACAUGAGCUCCACUUUUGCCCCUUUCUCUUUUUCUUGUUGUUUACAUUUAAUAUAUUUUAAUUUAAUGCAGUGCGCUGCACAUUUUUCCAGCACAUCUGAUGCAGCUUAUCAACAGAUUUAUAAUUAUCUAAUCGAAUCUGCUGUGUUGGAUUAAGAGAAACACAAAAAAAAAAACUGCAAACACGGGUGCUCAGUGUUAUAAUCUCAUAAGUCAAAACUCUAAGGGCUUGAUUUGCACAAUGUAAACAUGUAGCAUGUGCAAGAGCAUUUUGGUUUAUUUGGCAAAUAAGUAAUAGAUAAAGGUGCCGUUUUCCUGUCAGUGAUUGUUUAUGGAUGCAUAUGCAAACGUAUUUUAACUGAAAUAAAUGUCUUAUUAAAUAAUUCACAAUGUCAGGUAGUCAGUGAAAGUGACAUUAAAUACCUUAUUUGUGUUGCAUAA